CCGCUGUCGGCACCGCUCGCCUUGGACGCUUGCUGCUGCUGCUCGCCCGCCCGCCCACCGCAGCAGCCUACACCACUCCCCCGGCCAUCGACUCGUGGCAGCGCCCUUGCUCUUGCACCCAUACGACAGGCUGCAUCAUCGCAAACCAAUUGCGGCCCCGUACCUCGAGGCCAACACAGCAGCUCGAGAAGUCGCAACUGUUCCACGGCGCACAUCCAUCACGCGACCCAUCCAGCCAACGUCAUACUUGCCGCCGCCGCCAUGCCGUCACAGCGCCGCAUGAGGUUGUCCGUGAUCCUCGUAGUCGUGACAAUCGUCGUGCUCUUCUACAUGUCAAGAGGAGCCAGCCAGACGCAAUCAUCCGACUUCUACACAAAGACGCAACAAGCCCUGCAGGAGAAGGAAUACGCAGAAGCCGCAAAGGUGCGCGACGCAGACAAUGUUGGCACGCGAUUGAAAGCCGCCGAGGAGCAGGCCAAGAAGAAGGCCGAGGAGAAAUACAAAGACGUCAAGGCCGGAGUCGAGGGCCCAGACAAAAAGGGCGUAGCCGGCCGGGUCAAGGUGGAUGGCGAGAGGGUGCCUGGUGUUGCUCAGCAAGGCGGCCGACCCCGCGACCAAGCCGCCAUGAAGGACCACGAGACGCCCGAGGACCACGAGGUCGAGAUGGAGCUCAACGCAAUUCUGAAGAAAAGCCCCAUCAUCAUCUUUUCCAAGUCGUACUGUCCUCAUUCGAAGAAGGCCAAGCACAUCCUGCUUGAAAAGUACAAGAUUGUGCCCGAGCCCUAUGUGGUCGAGCUGGACCAAAGCCCCAUGGGCGCCCAACUGCAAGCAUUCCUACACAAAUCCACCGGCCGAAGAACCGUUCCCAACAUCCUCCUCAUGGGCAAGAGCAUUGGAGGCGGCGACGAAAUGGUGGAGCUUGACGAGACCGACACCCUCAUAGACAAGGUCAAGGAGAUGGGCGGCAGCCGCAUCACCCAAGCCGAGCAUCGCGGCGCCCGCCCAGAGGUGCGACGCCGACGGGCCAAAGCGUAGAAAUCCCCAGCUUCCUCUUUCUUUCUGCAGCCAGCCUAUUUCAUUGUGUAUAUUUAUCACUUGGGUAUGUUUUUUGGGACGCCUCUCGGGAACGCCAUCUUGUAAGAGGCAUAUCGGAAUGCAUAUGGGACGUUAUUUUGUAUACCCUGGGCAUCUAGCUUGGCGCGAUGCGGAUCAGGCCUCGAGGGGUCUGUGUACCGCAGUGGAUAUACCCUCUAUAAUAUCAUUUUCCUUGGCACUCUUUUCGCUCCAUCAUGCAGGCUGUUGUUGUACUUGCAAGGUCCUUGACUCGGCUCAAUGGCAUUUGGUUUUCUCUUCCGGCAUAGCAGGACACUCUCUUUCACCGUCGGGAUUGCCAUGAGGGGAGAAUCUGUUUGGAAUGGGGCAGGCGCCUUCACUCACUUCACCGCGCCUGCCUAGCGCCAGGACAGCAAAACCCAACAUGGCUGACCGUCUCACCUUUUCAUAGC